UCAAUCUUUUAAGCCAUGGACAUCAAGCUUGAACAUGACAAAGAUGAAGAAAAGCUCCCUCUUCUGAGAAACAUAGAGGUUCCAGAAGCAGAGAGGAACCUUGUUCAGCAAGCAAUUAGCCAAACAUUUGAGAGCACAGCACAUUUGGCAAACCUUCUUCCUACAGGCACCGUCCUCGCAUUCCAGCUUCUGUCUCCGGUAUUUACAAACCUUGGCAACUGCGACUCGACCGCGAAGACAAUGACUUCUUUCCUUGUAGCUAUCUGUGGCGUGUCCUGUUUCCUUCUAUGCUUCACUGAUAGCUUCAGAGACAGCAAGGGAAACAUCUGCUAUGGUUUUGCCACGGUUAGAGGCUUGUGGAUCAUUGAUGGAUCAACCACUCUUCCACCUGAAAUUGCUGCUAAGUAUAGCAUCAGGUUUAUAGACUUCAUGCAUGCAGUGAUGUCGGUUUUGGUGUUUGCGGCGGUUGCAUUGUUUGAUCAGAAUGUGGUGAAUUGCUUCUUUCCAGCACCAGAUAAUGAGACACAGGAAAUACUCACUGCAUUGCCGGUUGGAAUUGGUGUAUUCUGCAGCAUGUUCUUUCUUGUAUUUCCUACAAAGAGACAUGGAAUUGGCUUCCCACUUUCAACAAAUUAAAUAUAUAUAAUCUUUUUAGUGGAAACUCAGGUGCAGUUGACUUCACGUGAAGUUGAUAACUGAGAGCCAUUAGAUGAUUUGACUGAUUUGGCCAUCAGCUAUCAAUUUCACGUGAAGUCGACUGCACCUGAAUUUUUACCAACCUUUUUAUAUUCAUGUGUGUAAACAAUGAGAUAAUCAUGUUUGGAACAAAUUAUCCGUGAAUUCAAGUUACACGUUAUUGAAAAAAAAAUAGUAAGUUUGCACAUGUAAGCAUUCUGAAAUGUCAUGUGUUCAGAGGAUUUCAGUCUUG